AUUGAAAAGGGACCCUGGCAGAUCUGAUAUAGCACUGCUGACCAGGCUGUUAAAAGUCCAGUUGUGUUGCAGGCAGGCUCCCCGAAGUGGGCAGCAUGUACCUGCAGCCCUGAGGCACAGGGGCGGCCAAGGGGCCUCUGAGUGCUGUUCACGCCCGGAGUGCCAGCUCCACAGCUCCUAUUGGCUGUGAAUGUGGCCAAUGGGAGCUAUGGGGGCAGUGCCUGUGGUUGGGGUGAGCGUGCAGACCCUCACUGGCCACACUUCCGUGGCCUAGAAGCCAGAUACGCUGGCUACUUCCGGGAGCUGCCUGAGGAGACAAAAUAAUGUGGGAUCCGUAUGAAACUACAAUGAAACAUGAAUACCCAUAUAGAGCACCAGUGGAGACUGAAGCAGUACGUCUCAGAACGGCAAAAGGACAUGUGAAUCCAUACCAGCUUAGUGAUCCUAUUGGUUUUAAUACUUACAGAGAAGAGUUCUGUUGGAAACCAUAUUCCAAGGCAGAACCUAUAAUGACUGGCUCUUCAUCAGGAACAAGGAGAAACAAUCCUCAUCCUAGUCAAAGUUUCAUGAUUUGGAAGGUGCCUCGAGAAGAAAAACCACAGCCCAUCAGCAGCCUUUCACCCUGGACACAGCCUCUUUCUAAACAAGAGGUCGGGGAAGCAAUCAGAGCACAGUUCAACUCUACCUAUAAUGGAGAUUAUUUAGGAUUACCCCAGGGUUUACAAAUUAAAGAUACUAUUCCUGUGCCUCCUGACUGGAAAAAAAUAAUUUCACAUCCUCCAGCAACUGAGUUUAGGCAUCAUUACCAGGCCCCAGCCCACAUCCAUGACUUCAUGGACUUUUCCUGGAAAUAUGGAUGUAAUGCAAACCGGCAUAUUCCAGCAAAAGGAGUUGUUCCGACUGUGACAUUUUCUCACAUCCAGAACCAAGAAAACAUUAAACAGAUGACCACGUACCAAAGAGAUUUUGGGAAAGAAUAUUUAAAUAUCAUAUCAGUUUUAAAUUCUCUGGAUCCAGAACAAGUUAAUAAGUACAUUGAAAGAGCUCCAAAGCAAGAGAGAGCAAUUCUUCAGCACUUUCUUAACACAGUUUGUGGGAGCCAGAGUGAGAAAUUCAGAAGGACUUCACCCUCAAAGAAACCAGAAGACAAACUAUCUGAAUGCAAAUGAUACCUGACAAUCCAAAAGGAGAAAGGCCUCCAGAAUCCAGCUGGUGCUGAAUGAGUGGUGUAAUUGUAACCCAAAUGUCUUUGUGUUCUGUGUGUAUGUGAUGAAUAAUUUGCAAAACCCUGUUUUAAAAUAAUAAAGGCUGUUGUGCUGCUACCUCAUCAAAUAGAGUGCUGACUUUGAGAGCAAUAGAAUGUUAAAAGGGAUUUAUGUUUUGUCAUUUCUGUACUGUAAAUUCCAGCAAAACAUUUAUUCCUGGCUCAGAAGAUCCUGUAAAUAUGUUGUCAGUCAAAGAUGUCAUGUACUCUAAUUAUGAUUGUUGCUUUGUAGGGGUAAAUGAAAUAACAUCUCCCACCCUCGAAUUCAGUCCUCAAACUCAAGAUUCAGCAUUAGGGCUAAACUCUUGAUUUUUAAAUAUUUUCCCCAUGGCCAGCUGCAGUCUUACCUGAAUGACAUCCCACUACUGACAGACCAGAAGGCCUAUACUGCAAAUUUUAAGUAGUCAGCCAGCUUGUAAGCCAUCUUUCAAGUAAGGCAGCAUUUGAAGUUAUGUCUACCCUCAUCCAAGGGCAGCAGGUCCCUAAAUCCCAAGUCUACCAUCUCUCAAGUCUGCCAGCUGACUCAGGCUAAGGGGCUGUUUAAUUGCAGUGUAGACAUUUGGCUCCGGGAUCUUCCCACUUUGCAGGGUCCUAGAGCCCAGGCGCCAACCCAAGCCUGAAUGUCCAUACUGCAAUUAAACAAUGCCUUAGCCCGAGCCCCACAAGCACAAGUCAACUGGAAGAGGCCAGCUGUAGGUAUCUAACUGCACUGUAGACAUAGCCCAAGUGGUCAAUGAACAUCCACCUCCACCUCCCCACAACAGAGUAGCUGCAUGAGCACCUAUAGCUGUUAGAUGCUCUCCUCAGAAUGGAAGUAUUGUUUAAAAAUUAGUGUCAGCCCUAUAAGAAGCAACACCCUGUAUGUUCACUGAACCAACAGUUCUUGAUGCAUGUUAACUCCAUUAAGAAUUGGAUUAAGAAGUAAAUUUUAAUUAUUUUAGCUCAUUAAUUCAGCAGCUGUUAAUUUCUCCAAUCUAUUUUACCCUAAACUUAACCCUCCCCACACACACAUUUUAAUUCUAAACAUAGGUUUUCAGUAUAAUAAAAAUCUUUUCUCCUAAAAAAUUAUAUUCUUUCUUAUACCUUGAAUUUAUCAAAAAUGAAUCAGAUAAUUUAUCUGCAACCAAAUCCCAUAUUCUGUGAAGUUGGCCUCUUUACAAGUGCUACUCAAAACCUGAUCACUCUGGGAGUUCAUGUGUUUACAUUUUUCUAAUUAAAAGAUCCUCCAUCAAUAGUCCUCUUCUAGGUAAGGAAUGUGUCUUGAGAUAGGUGACUUGAAACAGCUACUUACUUCACUAUACUUCAUCUAUCUACCAUUUAAAGUAUCAAUCCUCUAAGGACAAGUUAGUAUGUGCAUGUAACUAUGUAUGUGAGUAGUGUGUGACUACUUUAACCAUGUUCCAGACUAGUCUGUAGGAAGAAACCCUGCUACAUAUAGGACCAGGAGACAGUAAACAAGUGGGUUUGUUUGGAAGAUGGGCCUCAUUGACCUGCUGCUCUUGGGUGAGUGGGGUCUUGCCAGCACACCCACACCCUAUUCUGCCCACCCACAAGAAAGGCCUUCAGCCCAGACAGCUGUUUGUUUAGGUUCACUGGCCAUUCCAAUCAGUUAUUCACACAGCUCUAGCGAAGAGACCCAGUGACUAUGUGACUCUUCUGGCCUAACAUGGUACACAGAGGCUGUAUUGCUUGAAAUGGAUACUAGUGCUCCAUCCCAUGCCCUUGUGCUUAGAAGAAGGAUGUCAGUCUGUGCAAUCACUGUGCAGUUAUCUUGCACAAAGUCUAGAUGGUUGCAGGCAGGGACCCAAUAAUUACUGAAAGAUUAAGAAAAGAAAAUGAAGAUGGCUUACCUAUUAAUUGUUAAAUAGUGGUAGCUGCUAAUACACUGAAAUGCGCUUUUGAGGCAAACAGCAAAUCAGCAGUAUUAUCAGAUACUUUACUUCCAAGAGUCUUAUAAGGCUUGUAGUCAUGGCUUGUGAAUGGGCUGCAAGACGUGGAUGAUUACAGUAAUAUGGCUAAGGGUCACAGAAGAAUGUCUCAUUCAGAAAUUUAAUAUCAUUGACACCGAGGUGACCAUGUAACACUAGACUUGAGGCAACAUCUCAUAUGCCAAAGGAAGGAAAGUACAUCAGUGAGAGCAUUAAAAGCUACACUCAGAGCAAACACACACAGAGAAAAACAAGGCCCUUAUUUCUAUGGUUGGUAUCUAUGUACUAGCAACAGAGAUGGUGAAUUUAUAUCCAAUAUAAAGUUAUGUAUGGGUGGUCAUGUAACUGAAAAAAGAGGCUGUCAUUUUGUUUUCUGUAUAGUUAACCUUGAAAUAUAUAAGAGGUCUCUGCUUGCUGCAGUUGUGGUUAUAAGGCACUUACUAUUGUGUGUUUUAUUUUUUAUGCAGUGUUUCUGAGAAAGUCAUUUUUUGUGCUAUCAUGAAGACUUUAUAUUUGUUCUCACUCUGUAUUUCCUUAAUCUGAAAGAAGUAAUCUGGACUGAAAAUACCUGGUUUGUUCUUUGUGUGCUGGAGAACACAAAACAGGGGAUUUUGAGUUCCCUUAACUAGUUCUUAAAAGUCACUAGUUUAUCUUCCAUGCAUAUAUAUGAUGGUCUUUAACUAAAGAACUGUACUUUUUGCCUCUCUAAAUGUUUUGCCUUUCUA